AUGGAUAACCAAUUGGCGGUGCCGAUACCGCAGUACCCGCCGUUCAAGCUCCGCUCCUCCCUCAUAGACAAAGACCCUGUAAUCUGGGUGCACUUGCUCGAAGGCUACAUCCAGCUUUUUCAGCUUCUUCUCUCCGAUGAGGUUGCUCUCACAGUCAAGUCCCAGCAGCAGUUGCAGCAGUUUCUCAAGAGCUUCUUGCAAGAAACAGCAGAAGAGACAACCAAAAUCUUCUCGCUAGGGGCUAUAAACCCAGACAUCAAGAAAAACACAGCGACUCUUCGAGCAUAUGUUUUGGCAGUGGUAAGGGCUCACAGCAUCGUCAAGCUAGGCAUCACCGGCCACAGCCUAUGGCACUUUGUCGUUGUGUACGUGGAAAAGAAUGCCAGCCUCGUGAGGUCGCUUAUAGACGGGACGUUCAAGAGCCCACUUAAUGACAACCGCAAAUCAAGCAACAUUUCGCUGGUGCCAGCGCUCCAGGCUUCCAUAGAGACGCAAAUCACCGAAGGCUCGUUUGAUGCUUCAGCUCAACAAGUGCUUUUCUUGCUCUUGGGCCAUCAUGCGGCUCCGCUGAAGGCACAGACAUUUCUGCUUUCAGGACAAGCGAAAAAGGCUAGGGUGCUUGCCAAAGAUCGGGACCGUAACAUGUCGUCAUCUCUGAGUGCCUUGGCGUUUGCUGAGGGUUUCGUGAGGCCAGAGUGGGUGGAAAUGCUUGAAAGGCUCUAUUCUGGUGGCCGCAGUGUCCACGCAGAGACCGUCAAGAAUUGCAUGGUCAUCAGUGUGUUGGCGUUGUCUGUGUCGAAGUUGGCUACUCUAGUGUCGACGUUGGGCAUCAACAGCGCUGAGUCGAUGGCAGCGUACCCAUUGUUCAGCUCAAUUAUCAUUUCUGAUGCAUAUAAAGCUUUGAACUCGGGGCUCGAGGAGAAACUACCGUUUUUGCAUAGUCUCAAGUUUGAUGGAGGUACUGCUGAAGAAGAGGUUAAUGAGAAGGACGUAGAGUUUUUGCUCGAUAUGUUCCCAACAUUGACCCCAGGCAAGGCCAAAAUGGCCUUGCUCAAAAACGAUAGAAACGCAGACAAGGUCACUGGCAUGUUGCUUGAUGAUCCACUGAUGAUAGAGUCCAUCCCAGAGGAGCUCGAGAGGCCAGAAGAAGAACCACCGAUACAAGUUUCUCAGGAAGAACUUAGGAGGGGCAUUGAGAGAUUUCAGCUCAGCGAGAAUGAGACGACUACUCCAGUGCAGAAGAAGGAGCAGCCUUUAAGUGAAGACGAAAUAAAGAAACGUACACUUUCUGCGGCGCUUCAAAUGCUUUACGAGAGCGACGAGGAUGAGCGUGACGACACAUACGACGAUCAAGAACACAACACUGGAGUUUCUUUCGAGGAGUAUGAGCAUAAGCCCAGUAGCAAAGAGAAAGCUCGUUUGGCGGUGUUUGAAGAUGACGAUGAUGAGUCUACUAAUAGGGAGGGAACACCCCAAAACGCUAUCGCUAAUGAGCUCGAGAAGACCGAGCUUAAUCUAUUCGGCUACUUCAAGAGUAGUGGGGAGAGUGCGUUCGAUAGAAGCGGACGCAAGACUAAGUUGCGUGAUGAAAUCAAAAGUGUCUCUAAAUGGUCUGAUGAACAAAUUGAAGGAUGGUUUAAGAUGCUCAAGAAGUCACCGAAACGUUUCAGAUUACUCGAGGAGCGUUUCGCUGAGCAAUUCUCAAAUAGAAAGGUGUCCGAAAGGCAGCUCAAAGUAAAGAAUCUGAUUAAACAGGCUUCACCCAAGCCCGAUUCCAGUAAUCAAAAGAGGGCCCAUGCCAGAAACGAGCGUCAGAAAAGCAGCAGGGCAAAUCACAACAGGAAGAGUGGUCACGAUAGAAAGACCCGAGCAAAUCUUGCAGGUAUGCAACAAUAA